AACCACAGAAUGAGAAAAUGCUGCAAGGAGGAGCACUGGAUGGAGUCUACAGGCUGGCACAGUUUCACAUUCACUGGGGAUCCUGUGAGGGCCAGGGGUCUGAGCACACUGUGGAUGGUGUGAAGUAUGAUGCAGAGCUCCAUAUUGUUCACUGGAAUGUAAAAUAUGGUAAAUUUGCUGAAGCUGUGAAGCAUCCUGAUGGUUUGGCUGUGGUAGGCAUCUUCAUGAAGGUAGGAAAUGCCAAGCCUGAAAUACAGAAAGUUGUGGACGCUCUGAACUCCAUUCAAACCAAGGGGAAGCAAGCUUCCUUCACAAACUUUGACCCCACUGGACUGCUUCCUGCGUGCAGAGAUUAUUGGACAUACCCUGGCUCGCUGACCACUCCUCCACUGCUUGAAUGUGUGAUCUGGCACGUUCUGAAGGAGCCCAUCACCAUCAGCCCCGAGCAGAUGUGCAAAAUCCGUGGCCUUUGCUUCAGUGCUGAGAAUGAGCCCGUGUGCCAUAUGGUCGACAACUGGCGCCCAUGUCAGCCUCUGAAGAGCAGAGAAGUCAGAGCUUCCUUCCAGUAACCUCAGCGCUGAGUGUGUUAGAAAUCGCCGUGUUUGUGAGGAGCCCUUUUUGCUAAGCACAAAUCAAACCUUUGCCUUGUGUGCCCUGGCAACAUCUUGUCUCCCAGAUCCAUUCUUUCUUUUGCUCUGCGUCUAAAAUGCCAGCUAAGGAGAUGUGAAAGGCUCUUGGCCAAAUAGGAAAGGGUUCUUAAGGUGUGGGGUUGGGGGAAGCACGGGGUGGUGGUUGCUGUGUGCAUUUUGGUGACUAUUACUGCUACUGACACUUUGGUAUAACAGUGUAUUGGCUACUUGGGAGAGGAUAUGGUCAAAGCAAAAUAAGCCAUUUUAAGAAACCUCAUCAGCUGGUGUGAUAGUACACAUAACUAACGAUAACUUGAAGCUUUGUGAAAAGCACAGGAAUACAGAAUCUAGGUAUGAUUUAGGAAAAAAAAAGUAUUUUGAGAAAGUAAAGCAAAAUGACUAUUGAGAAUUAGACUUCUUAGAUUUUAAGAAACUGACAUGUAAAUAUUUUUGAGACUGAUUUACAUUUUUACCCAUGCUAUCAACAACCUUGAUUUUGUCUUAAUGGUAGUGUUGGAUUUUUUUAAUUAAAAAUGUCCGAAGUUAAGUAUUAUCUUUAAAAGUUGUUAUUACCGUAGAAAUAAUAGAAAAUAUCUUUUCAUUGAAAUAAUAUAUGCUCUAAUUUAAAGAGGAAAAUAAUAUUGUAUUUUAGAUAACUUCUCUAAUAAAUCUAUACUU